AACACCACAGCGCAUGUGCAAACUGAUGACGCAAAGGACGUUUCGGGCACGCUAACGUACAGUACGUCAAUGCGGUAGUAGUGAACUGCAAAGCAGAGCUCUAGCUGUAGGUUAGAGGUCUGUGUAUGGUACAGACCGAUACAACCGUUUCGAAACUGACGCCCAGUGGGCCGCGGAGAUUUUCGGGGAGCCCUAGGCCGGUGAAACAAACAUGGGGAACGCAGAGAGCGGCUGUGGUGGAGGCAGCGGCGACGAGGAAGACAUAGAAACGGAGAGCCCCGGCUUCGCGGAAGAAAGUCCGGCCUCUGCGGCCACCGCCGUCGGUGUCGGAGGCGGUGGUGGCUCCGGUUCUGGAAAAAGCGGAAGGGGAUCGAAUAACCUGCCCGUGCCCACCGGCGGACCACCUAGCCCCGGGGUACUCUUAGAGCAAGUGAAACUGAGAGAAGCGGCGGCUCGAAUUAGCGACUCAGGUGUCGCCAUUCAGGAGUCUGUCCUAGCCGGGAACGAGGGUGUCCUGGUGCGGUGGCUGGAGGACCGGUUAAACCGAGGAGAAGAGCAUGUCAAUGUGGAGCAAUUUUGUGAGAUGUUGGAGAGCAGAGAUGCCCCGAGAGAUGAAUGUGAAGAGGCCUUUGGACAGUUUGAUGCAGAGGGGGAUGGGGUGGUGGAUGUAGAGAGCAUGCUGAUUGCUCUGAAGAACUCCAAUGGAGCUAAUCUAAAGGGAGAGCUGAGUCACGUGAUAAGACAACUACAGGCGUGUUCCCUCACUCCAGGUUUUGUUGACAUAUUCUCCAAGACCAAAGACCGGUUAGGGGCACAUGCCUCUAAGAUCCUUAAAUUCUUACACAGGAAUCGUAUUCCCAGCAGUGCCAUCCCUUUCCCUAUUUUAGAGGGCUACAACAGUAUCUGCACCAUGAGGUCCAGUGUGGUCCAGGACUUCUUGGAAUUCAUCUUGCAGAAGGAGAAAGAUUUGGAUAUCCAGUACAGAGCAGAGCUGGACCGUGAUCCGGAUGUGGAUAAAGUCAAGGUGGUCACACAGUGCUACAGCACAAUAGAAGCUUCAUCCAAUGUUGCAGACGUUUACAAGAUGACAAACGGGGAAACUGCAACUUUCUGGCAGUCGGACGGCAGUGCACGCUCACACUGGAUAAGAUUGAAAAUGAAACCAGAUGUGGUUUUGAGACGUCUGGCCAUUGCCGUGGCUUCCAAUGACCACAGCUAUAUGCCUCAGCUGGUUUCCGUUGCUGUCGGGAAAAACCGGCGUUCCCUGCAGGAGAUUAGAGAUAUCCGCAUCCCCAGCAAUGUAACCGGCUACGUAGCUCUCUUGGAGAAUGCCAACAUCACACACCCCUACAUCCAAAUCAACAUUAAGCGGUGCCUGAGCGACGGAUGUGACACAAGGAUUCAUGGCUUGAAGACGCUGGGCUAUCAGAUUACCAAGAGUAAAGAGGUGUCUGUUUCGGAUGCUUCAGCCAUCUGGUACCUGUCUCUCCUCACCUCUUUGGUCACCGCAUCCAUGGAGACUAAUCCUGCACUGGCUCAGACUGUCCUUCAGAGCACACAAAAAGCCUUACGGCACAUGCCACCGUUGUCCCUAACACCGUCAUCCACAGAGUUCCCCAAGUUCUUCUCUUUGAACAUCCUGGAGGAGGUGGAUGGAUUUCUCCUCAGGAUAGCAGACUGCUGUGUGAGUCCUGAUGCAGAAAUGACCCUCCUGGCCUUUGCUCUGGCCAGAGGCAGUGUGGCAAAAGUGCUCCAAGCCCUGUCCUGCAUCAGCGAACAUUUAGAGACCGAGUACAAGGCCUCCUCCCUCAUCAUGUCUAUGGCCUCCGUUAGGCUGCGACUACUUAAUCGCAAUGGGAAGCCCCUCCAGUUGCACCUACAGGCCUGUGAUGUGAAGAGUAAAGAAGAGAAAGCAGGGCCAGAGAACAUGCUCGCAGAAUCCUCCACUGCAGACGGUUUUCUUACAGAAAGUGGCAGGAAGAAAGCCAGUGUGAUCCUGUCGACAGAGGACCAGAGUAACUUCCAGGUCACUCAGAUGAAGAUCAAAGUGCGAAAAGGAGCCAUUGGAGCAAAAUGCGGCUUGGUGUUUGCGUACAAGGAUGAAGACCCCUUUGAUGCAGAGAAACAUUUCAGGAGGUUCAAAAAGUACGACGCGUGGGACUACAAGGACUACAAGCAAUUUAUGCAAGACAAUGUGAAGAUUCCAACACAGUCAGAGGAAGAGCCGAUUGGCUGGUUUGAGCUCGAGGACGACUGGAACGACGUGGAGAUCAAGCUGCAGCAGUGUCGCGUUGCAAAGUUCCUGAUGGUCAAAUUCCUCUGCACCAGGCUGGACUCUGCUGAGCGCCUUGGAGUGCAGUCCCUCACCUUCAGUGGCUAUCUGUGCCCUGGGGCAGAGAGGCUUGGAGACCUGGACGACCUCAGUACAGAGGGAGAGAGCUUCGACUGCGAUGCUGUCACUGGCCUUUGUCUACUUAACAAGACCCUCUUCUUCAUACAACAGCUUACGCGAGACAUGGAUGCCUCUCAAUUCAAGCAGAAGUAUCUUCUAGACUUCAGUGGCCUCGGCCUGAACCUCUUCUGGAACUUCUACAGUAAACUCAGGGACAUUGAGGGAGAGGAGGUGUUGAAGAGCAGAGUUCUGCUGCUCCAGCUGAUGCAGAACUGUUUCCCCAUGCUGCCCAACCCACUGGAGCCCCGGGGCCCAGAGGAGAGCAGAGGGCCAGAUGAGGGAGCCACAGCAGCGGCUUGUCCAUCCCCGUCCAGCAGUGCAGAGCCUCUGUCCGACUCUGUUAGGGCUGUCUGUGAACUCUACACUCACCUCUGCCACAUUGUGGACGGUCCAGAGGGUGAGACAUUAGUAGAAAAAGCUUUGCACAAGGAAACAGUCAAGGCCAUUCUUAAUGGAGCAGCUGUUUUCUUCCCCGAUAAACACGUCAGGCGGGACAAACUCUUCAACAUGAUGAAAAACAUUACAGAACAUGAUCAGCCGGAGUCAGUGAAGGUGACGUUUGAAUCGCUUUGUAACUACUACAGUGAUCAGGAUCCAAGUGGCCUUCUCCUGCUCCCACCUAAAGGAGCCCACUCAGACUUUGACAUCAGCCCCUUACUGUCAGUUAUGGAGACGUUGCUGCUGGUGGCAACAAGAGAGUGUGAGGUGAUGAUGGUGGAUGAGAAUAGUGGAGCCAGCAGGACAGUGUUGCUGUCCUUGUUCUGGGCUCUGCAGGGUAGUCUGCUCUCCUGGUGCUACCUACAGCUCAAAGGAGGAGCCUCCACCGCUAUCGCUAUGGAGCUUGCCAGACACAUUCUACUAAAAUAUGUGGAUCAGUUCCUGGGAAGUGUCAAAGGUGUCCUUGGUUCUCUGCUGGGGAGGUACACUGGUGCUGAUAUUACCGACAAACUCGGCAGCUCCAUCCUAGCCACAGUCUUCAGACAACUGAUGAUUUUACUCCUGGAGCUGUGCUCUUUGGACAUCCCACACAGUGUGCUGCUGAAGAGCUUCUCCUCUCUCGUCGAGCUACUCAAAAGCCUGUCCAGUGAUACUGGAGACAUCUUUUCUAAGGUGGAUCAGGAGAGCUGGCACCAGCCCCAGCAGCCAGUGGUACUGAGGACCUGGAGCCUGGAGUCACCUCACAACUAUGAGAACAGCCGCCACGAGACCAGCAUCUUUGCCUGCCCUGGUGCUACCUCCUUUGAGUUGGAGUUUGACGAACGCUGUGAGACAGAGAAAAGAUACGACUACCUAGAGUUCACAGAUUCUAGAGGUGGGAAGGUCCGCUAUGACAUGAAGGUUGGAAGUGAGAAGUGGCCAAAGAAGGUGACGUUUGACGCUGGCCCUCAACUCCAGUUCCUCUUCCACUCUGAUAGCAGUAAUAACGAGUGGGGUUACAAGUUCACUGUGACAGCCAUGGGCCUGCCCGAUAUCACUAUUUCUUGGAUGUCAGACCUGCAGCUGCUCGUGGCUCGCCUGAUGGGUCGUCUCGCUUCCAGAACCCUCGCCCUGAAAUCGCCCCACGAGAUACGCACUGUUAAGGAGCUUCCACUGGGGAAAAUGUCCCAUGUUCAGGCUUCUCCUUUAUGGAAACCCAUUCUGCGACACGGGUUGUGUGAAACAAGGGACACGAGUCAGACCAAAGCACCCACAGACCAGACAAACACAUGGACUCUUGAUGAGUUAAUAAGCUUCCUGGAGGACUUUGCACGUUGGAACCCUUCCCUGGAACCAACAGACAGUAGAACAAAGCUGAUGAAGACCCUCAUGCAGUCCUGCAGAAAACAGCCAAUGAGGAACGAGAUUGCCUCCGGGUCAAAGACAGACCAAGCUGUGAAUGCCCUUUGGGCAGCCAUGGUAUACCACACACCAGCCCUCAACCAUGCCUUGAAGACCUAUGUCAAUCAGGACUGCAAGUCCUGUUUCAGUGAAGAAUUUGUGCAGGUGUAUUCGUUGGCAGAUAGCAUCAGGACAUGGAUGUUGGAGAUGAAGCAGAGAUACCUAGUUAGCAAAAUGAAUGUUCCUGACGAGAAGGAAGGGGGUCAUGAUGAGGUUAGCAUGGAGACACUAGCUGAGAUGUGCAUUGAGAAGAGCCUCUUGCUCUUCAGAUUCACCCCUUGUGGAGUAGCGUGCCAUGACAGCGACUCUUCCAAAGCUGCAGAUGGCAGCAGUGCUCCACUCCUCCGCAGAAGUUCCAUCUCGGAAGGGGACUUCCAGGCCAGCUCCACACAAGGACCUCACACCACAGGGUGUGAAGAGGCAGGGCAGAGCCAGCCCUCCGAUGCUCAAGCGCAAAACUCUUCUUCCUGUGGGCACGGCAGACAAGGCCACCGAGGCUCAACAGAGAGCCUCUCCUCCCUGUCAGGGGAACCAGCCUCGCCCUCCGCCUGCGCCCGUAAAGCCCCAUUCAGUCGGGCGCGCCUGCGCCUCCUGUCCUGUCGAUCUAUAGAAGAGCCCCGCAUGACCCCCUCUGUCAAGGAUCGCUACCCAAUACUCAAACACAUCCUAAACUUUAUAAGGGACCAGGCUCUCACAACAGCAAGCAUUCUGCAGACCCUGUCCCUGAGCAAAGCCCAGGCUCUGAGUGUGUGCAAGGUCCUGGAGAUAGUUCAGCAGUGUUUACACUCCCUUGGAAAGCCACACCUCUUCCAAGCCCCCUGCAUCCUGUUCCUACAGGAGCUGCUGGCGUGCCAGAAAGACUUCACCAGUUAUUUCUCUCAGUUGUCAGACAGUGGCCAGAAGCUAGGAGAGGAGGUGAGGCGUUCCUACCAUCAGUUGGUGCUCAUGCUGGUGGAGGCAGUACAAGGCUUCAGCAGCCUGAAUGAGAAAGCCCUGCUGCCAGCCCUGUCAUGUGUGCAGACCUGCUUGUUGCACCUUCUAGACAUGAGCUGGGAGGUACAUGACCUUCCUCUCUUCUUGAAUAUCAAGUUUCCUGACCUCCUGCUCAACAUGUCCCAGGAGAACAUCAGUGUUCAUGACAUUGCCAUCAGCCAAUGGACAGAGGAGGAUGAAAUUGCAGACUACAAGAAGAACCAGGAGUGGAUGGAUGAGUGUAUGGACGGGAUGUUUGAGAAGUGGUACGACAAAAUCGAUGAAGAGGAGUCCAUGGAGGACAGGAGAAAGAUGCACAUGUUCAUUGCGCGUUAUUGUGACCUGCUCAAUGUUGUGAUCUCCUGUGACGGCUGCGAGAGGAUGGCACCUUGGCACCGCUACCGAUGUCUGCAGUGCAUGGAUAUGGACCUCUGCAAGACCUGCUUCCUCAGUGGUGCCAAGCCUGAGGGCCAUGAGGAUGACCAUGAGAUGGUGAACAUGGAAUACGCCUGUGACCAUUGCCAGGGGCUCAUUGUAGGCAGCAGGAUCAACUGCAACGUCUGUGAGGACUUUGACCUGUGCUUUGGUUGUUACAAUGCAAAGAAGUAUCCCGACAGCCACCUGCCCACCCAUCGGAUCACAGUGUACCCCAUGGUGACCAUACGAAUCAGCGACCGUCACCGCUUGAUCCAGCCCUACAUCCACAACUACUCCUGGUUAUUGUUUGCUGCUUUGGCCCUCUACACGUCCGAACUAUGCAGUCAGAAGCAGAUGGAGGGAGAGUCUUUGGACAGCAACACCUUGAGCCAGGCCUCAGGGCUGCAGACAUACUGCUCCCAACUCAUCACUGAUUGUUUGCUCAAGGGGCAGACUGGCAAAGGUCUACGUUCCUCAGCCUUGCUGGCUCUGCUGUCGUCCAAUGAAUCAGCUUCUGAUAGUGAGCUGUGUCCAGUCUCUCCAGAGUCCUCUCAGGAGCUCAGCACAGCCACUGACACCUCCUCUCUCCCUGGCAGCACUGCAGCAAUCUGCUCCCCGUCAUCUCCCAGGGACAAGAGUAAACCAUCAGCUAAGGAGAACAAGGCAAAGGACAGGGGCUCUCCUCCCCCUGCUCCUCCAGAGGUGUGGUCCCCCCCAAGCACUGAAGAGGGGGACAAAAGAAAGCUAGUUACCCAAGACACCCUGGACUUUUCCAGCCUCAGCCAGACUCCUUCUAUGACCAGUGAGGACCCCCUCUCUCCUGUGGUUCGACCUUCAGAGUCUGGUCCAGGAACAGUUAACUCUCCAGCAUCUGACGUUGUCAAGGAGACCGAUGAGAGGCUGCCCCAGGUUCCCCUUCAGGAGCAUGUCUUUUCAGAGUGCUCCAGAGAGAGGAUCCUUGGACUACUAGCAGCCAUGCUGCCACCAGCCAAACCAGGUAGCACCCUGUCUCUGCCCAGUCUGAACUCCAUCCUGCCCAAGCUUUUCAGGGCAGUCAUUUCCAAUGCUGGCUCUCUCAACGAGACCUUCCACCUCACCCUUGGACUACUGGGUCAGCUGCUGCUCCGAAUCCCUCCGAUGGAGGCUGACGCUGCCGUCACAGAGGCCCUGGCUGACAAAUAUGACUUCCUGGCACAAGCAGAGGCAACCACUUCAGACACCCAGGGCUGGAAGACCACCCAGCUGCUUUUCAGCCUGGGGGCCGUCUGUUUGGACAGUCGUAUUGGUCUGGAUUGGGCGUGCACAGUGGCAGAUAUUUUACACAGUCUGAAUGCUUGUCCCGAGUGGAACACAGUCAUUGCUGCCUUCACUGACCAUUGUAUUCAGCAGCUGCCACAAACUCUCAAACGCACCAACCUCUUCACCCUGCUGGUGCUGGUGGGCUUCCCUGAGGUGCUGUGUGUGGGUACCCAGACGGUGUUUAUUGACAACGCCAACGAACAGCACAACAUGAUCUUACUCAAACACUUCACAGAGAAGAACCAUGCUGCAGUGGUGGACGUUAAGACACGCAAGAGGAAAACAGUGAAGGACUACCAACUCAUCCAGUCUCAGGAUUCCACUGCAGCCUGUCACCCAGGGCGGUCAGAGGGCCAGGACUCCCCAAAGACCCUGCUCAGCCGCUACCUGAUCAAUUUCACCACUAUCAUCAGCCAUCUACUGCAGACCAUCCAGGACAAUGGCUCUCCUGAUGCUGUGGAGGCCUCCUGGGUUCUGUCCUUGGCUCUUAAAGGCCUCUACAACACACUGAAGAAACAUGGAGUAGAGCAAGCUCUGGAGGACAUCCAGCAGUCAGGACUGACCCAGCUGCUGGUGAGGAAGUGCAGCAAAGGGACAGGCUUCAGCAAACUGUGGUUGCUGCGGGAUCUAGAGAUUCUCUCCAUCAUGCUCUACUCCUCUAAGAGGGAGAUCCACUCCAUGGCCCAGGACCCAGAGCGCGACCAAAGAGAGCAGGACAAGGAGCAGGACUCUGACCACUCCAGCUGCUGUGCUGACGAAGCUGACGUCAACAAGCCCGACCCCUUAGAGGGACUCGAUGAAGAGACAAAGAUUUGCUUCCAGAUCACCCACGAUGCCUUAAACGCCCCUCUGCCCAUCCUGCGAGCCAUGUACGAGUUGCAGAUGAAGAGAACUGACUCCUUCUUCCUGGAGGUGCAGAAGAGAUUUGAUGGGGAAGAGAUAAAAACAGAUGAGACAAUCCGUACGCUGGCUCAGAAGUGGCAACCUACCAAGCGGCCGCGCUCUGAGGAGAGGAACACCAAGGCCGUGGACACUGAUAUGAUUGUGGUUUCAUGCGUGUCUAAACCCAGUCACUGUGAUAAAGCCACAGAGGAGAUCAACGUAGUGGCCCAGAAGCUCAUCACAAAUUCUGAGAGCGACUUACAGCUCAGCUACGCGAAACAGAGACGCACCAAAAGUUCAGCUCUCUUGCACAAGGAACUGGAUGUGCGGAGCAAUCGGGCAGUUCGUCAAUACCUGGUGAAGGUCAACCAGGCCAUCGCCACGCUUUACGCCCGCCACGUGCUGGCCUCGCUGCUGGCCGACUGGCCCGCAGAGGCGGCGCUGAGCGAGGAGGCCCUAGAACUGAGCGGUGCCUCACACAUGGCCUACAUCCUGGACAUGUUAAUGCAGCUGGAGGAGAGGCCGCUCUGGGAGAAGAUUCUUCAGAGGGUGCUGAAGGGUUGCAGCCAGAGUAUGCUGUGCAGUCUCUCUCUCACUGCUUGCCAGUUCAUGGAGGAGCCGGGUAUGGCUGUGCAGAUCAGAGAGUCCAAACACCCAUAUGACAACAACACCAACUUUGAGGACAAGGUGCACAUCCCAGGGGCCAUCUACCUGUCAGUAAAGUUUGACUCCCGCUGCUACACAGAGGAAGGCUGUGAUGAGCUCACCAUGUCCAGCAGCAGUGAUUUCCUCCAGGAUGUCCACAACUUCAGUGGCUCCCCUCAGAGAUGGCCCGAUUUUGAGAUUCCAGGUGAUACCCUGUACUACAGAUUUAUGUCAGACAUGAGCAACACAGAGUGGGGCUACAAGUUCACGGUUACAGGAGGCCACAGAGGACGUUUCCAGACAGGUUUUGAGAUACUGAAGCAAAUGUUAGCAGACGACCAAGUGCUCAGUCACCUGCCACUGGCUGACAUCUGGGAGUGGCAGGUGGGCGUGGCCUGUCGCCAGACUGGGAACCAGCGACUCAAAGCCAUUCACUUGUUGCUCCGCCUCCUGCAGUGUCAGUCUCAGACAGCCUGUGAGCUGACGCUGCUGCGACCUCUGUGGCAGCUCUUUAUGACUAUGGAAAACAGCCUAAGCCAGGAUCCCACCAGCAUCACGGUGCUGCUGCCUCUUCACCGAGCCCUCACUGAACUCUUCUUCAUCGCAGAGGCCCGUGCCAUUGCACAGGGCAUCCUCCAGGAGUACUUGUUAGCCAUGACCACUGACGAGCAGCUCCUCAAUCACACUGCAAUGGCUCUGAAGAACAUCGCUGCCAUCAGCCUGGCUAUCAAUUACCCCAAUAAAUCUACCAAGCUACUCAACAUGUCCCCUUGAGAGAUGGACGGAGUGAAAAAAGGAGGAGGAACAACCUGAAGGGGGGACGCAUUCUGACUCAGCUGGUUCACUGUGAACAAGGAACGGGGAGGCGAGGGAGAAAGUCCUUCCUGACCAUCCAGUGCUUUCCUUCUCAAGGACCCCCUCCCCUCCAAUAACUCUCUGCAGUACUCUGCACAGGAGCUGUGGAGGGCUACUCAAAGAGCACCUUUCACACAUACUCACAAUCCUUUUUGCCUUAGGUGAAUCCAGUAUAUCAGCAUGUGCAUUCACUGGAACAGGAAAGAAAAUUGCGGGGUCUCUCUCUUUAUUUUUAUUUUUUAUUACUUGGAGAUGCCGUGCUAAAGGACAUGAAGUGUGCCAAAUUCAUGACCUUCAAUGGGAAGUAUAUUCCUUUUUGUUUCCUGCCUUUGCUCUUUCUAAACAGCGGCCACUGUGGGUUACGUAGUUGAUCAUGGUGAAAACAGGUCACCUCGGUGACUUGCACGUCUCAGCGGACAUGUAGAGCCUCCUAAAAAUACUGUCCAGGACAGUGGAGGCUCAUUAGUCACCACGGGGAGAAAGUACUGACCUACUAGCUCAUUCCACUCCUUCCUUUUCCUUUCCUUCUUUCAUUUUAUCUACACGUCUUCUUCCUACCCAUCUUCUCUCCUCCUUCCUUCCCUAUAAUCAUUCUUUCCUUUUCAGACAACAGAUGUAGAUGAUUUUAGGGCUCCCGUUGAAUGGAAGGAUCAGUCUAUCUUCGCAGACAUCCAAAACAUAUAUAUGAGUAAGUGUAACGUGCCCUAAGACCCACUUUAGGGGCUGAACAGGAUUAAGAUGAUACUCAAAUAGCCAUAGUCUUUGCAUAGGAUGAAAGACAUUGCAGCUGAGGGAAAACUGUGAUAAUAUACUAUUGCAAUGCAUUCCUCCAUGUUAUUCUAUCAAUAUGUUGAAGAAUUUCCACUCCAUUACUAGUGAAUGAAUGAAAGACCAUUAUGAUGUCAAAUGAGGUUUGUGAAAAUGAAUAACGGCAACGACAACAAAUUCAUGGAGAAAACCCCAAAUCUUCAAAGGCCUUCAGUUUUAUCCAUGGAUUUAUUUAUUCAUUAUUUUUAUUUUAUCUAAUUUAUAAUUAAGUUUAACACUUCAUGACAGUCCUGAUUUAUUUUUCACAGAAAGAAAGACCAGCUGAAUCAUAAAUUAUAGUGUAUCGCACUAUCAUGUCCCGCACACCUUGUGUAUCGUAGUGAACGUGACAAUACUGGUGCCGUUCCACAAAUCGCCAUAACCGAGCAAACACUGCUGAUCCCCACCGAUACACCGACGGACUGCUUUCGCUCACAUCACAAAAUUUAAGAAUCGAAGAUGACACUGAUAAAGGCGACCGUGCCAUUGACACGUUAUCCCACUUAUUCACUAGUAACACAUCUCACAUUUUGUAAGCUGAAAAUCUUUAAUACUGAAUUACCUCAUCUUUUGUAAUUACACAGAUAAUCGGUGUGGCGCUUCCUUAAAUGUUUUUAAUGUGACUUUCAUUCACAUUACACUAUAACCCCACAUUUUAUUAAAGCCGAGAUCCACCUGUAGCCACUUCCACAGAGAUCAGUCAUGUACGUUCAUGGUAAAGAAGGCAUCAAGUUUUGUAUGUUGACAAAUCCAUUGGGCGGGUGUUUUCCAAUCAUUAUUGUAUUCAUUUCAGAUGAAGAGAUUCUUUUAGUUGCACAAAGUCGUGGUGGUUUAUACCAAAGAAACCAAUCAUUGUGAGCCAUGAAACGUGUCUGGAAGAGCUCCCGGUAGAGUUCCUUCUCUGUCACAUAUCGGAUAGCCUACCGGGGUGAGAAGCUGGAGCAGAGGAAACCUUUAAACUUUGUUCAGUUAUUAUUAUUAUUAUUAUUUUUACUUUAAUUUUUUUGAACUGGUCCCUACAGGGACCGUAGAACAGCUCAGUGGUUUUGUUUACACAAACAUCAGCUGCAGCGAGGAGAGUGGAAGAGAUACAUGGCCUCCAUUUGGCUUCUACGACGCCUCACUUAUCUACCACGUGCCUAUGGUUAAAAAUGAAGCAAUCAUAAUUUAACUCAUGUUAGCCGAAUAGUUAUUAAUUAUAUUUUAAAAGAGAAAUAUAUUGUUUAAUUUGACGUUUUUUUUGUAACUUUUUACUUUUAAUGUUGGUUUCUUUUUUGCGAGGAUGCUUGAUAUGAGGCUGACUAAUUUGAAUGUACAUUUCUGUGAAUAUUAAUUGCACAGGAAAAAGACUUUGAUAUCAACCCCUUACAAAUAUAAACUUUAUUGGGCACUAACAGACGGACACUUUGAUUCUGAUUUUGUAUGCAUGGCACAUUGAAGGUGAAAAAAAAAAAAUGUAGGGUUAAAAAAAACCGAAACCACUUAAUGCUUGGGUUGAAAUGUAAUCCAUUUCUAUUAAAAAUAGAAAUGACUUAAAUACAA